AUCAAGAGUUGUUUCAGAUAUAAAUAGCUAGACAUAUGUUUAUUCAUUUAUUGAAGACAUUACAUUCAUGAAGAUGAAUCGCAAAAUUGAUAUUAAAUAUACUCAGUUAUUUAUUAAUAAUAACUUUGUGGAUUCAGUAAGUGGUAAAAAGUUUUCUACUAUAAAUCCAGCUAAUGGUACUGUUAUUGUAGAAGUUUCUGAAGGUGAUAAGGCAGAUGUAGAUAAGGCAGUUGCAGCUGCAAAAGAAGCAUUUAACAGAAAAUCAAAAUGGCGAACAAUGGAUGCAUCUAUUCGUGGAAAUCUUAUGAAUAAAUUUGCAGAUCUUAUUGCAAGAGAUUUGGAAUAUAUUGCAACUCUUGAAACUUUAGAUAAUGGAAAAACAUAUUCAGAUGCCCUUUUUGAUAUAGAAGCAAGUAUACAAACAAUUCGUUAUUAUGCUGCAUGGUGUGAUAAAAUCUUUGGAGAUACUAUUCCAGCAGAUGGAAAAUUUAUUUCACUUACCCGCAAAGAACCAAUAGGUGUAGUGGGUCAAAUUAUUCCUUGGAAUUAUCCUUUUCUUAUGUUAGCAUGGAAAUGGGGUCCCGCUUUAGCUACUGGAUGUACCAUUGUUUUGAAACCAGCUGAGCAAACUCCUUUAAGUGCACUUUAUGCUGCAGCACUUACUAAAGAAGCUGGUUUUCCACCUGGUGUAAUAAAUGUUAUUACUGGUUAUGGUCCAACAGCUGGUGCUGCUAUUGCUGAACAUCCAGAAAUUAAUAAGAUUGCAUUUACAGGAUCUACAGAAGUUGGUCAUUUAAUAAUGGCAGCUUCUGCUAAAAGUAAUCUUAAACGGGUUUCUCUUGAAUUGGGUGGCAAAAGUCCUUUAGUUAUUUUUGAUGAUGUUGACAUUAAAGAAGCAGCUGAAAUUGCUUUCAAUGCAAUAUUUACUAAUCACGGACAAAAUUGUUGUGCUGGUUCACGUACGUUUGUACAUGCUAAAAUCUAUGAUCAGUUUGUUAAUCAUGCUAAACAAUUAGCAUCACAAAGAAAAGUCGGUGAUCCUUUUAAUUCUGAGACUCAACAAGGACCCCAAAUUGAUGAAGAAAUGUUUCAUAAAGUCUUAGGAUUAAUUAAAUCAGGAAAGGAAGAAGGAGCUGUAUUGGAAACUGGGGGAGAACGUCAUGGAAGUAUUGGUUAUUUCAUUAAGCCAACUGUUUUUUCAAAUGUAACUGAUACUAUGAGAAUUGCAAAAGAAGAAAUAUUUGGACCUGUUCAAUCUAUUUUAAAAUUUGAAACAAUGGAUGAAGUUAUUGAGCGUGCAAACAAUACAAAUUAUGGCCUUGCUGCUGGAGUUCUUACUAAAAAUAUUGAUAAAGCUUUAACAUUCGCACAAGCAGUGGAAGCUGGAAGUGUUUGGAUAAAUUGUUAUGAUGCUGUUACACCUCAAACUCCAUUUGGUGGAUUUAAACAAUCAGGAAUAGGUCGUGAACUUGGUGCAGAAGGAUUAAAAGAAUAUCUUGAAACUAAAACAAUAUCUAUUAAAGUAUCAAGUAAUUAAAAAAGAUAUAUAUAGAUACAAUCAUAAUCUAUAUUACAUGAAGUUAAAUUUAUAUUUUAAAAAAAUUAUUAUAUUAUAUUAUAUAUUCUUAUAAUUUCAUGUACAAAUAUAUAUAUAUUUUUAUUAAAUUGUUAAUAAAAUAAUAUAAUGGGUAAAAAAUACAAAUUUUUAAUUGUAUAAUU